AUGGCCUUCAGUUUGCAAGACCUGAACAAGGCUGUUAAUACUUCUUUGUGCAUCUGCCUUGCUUUAUCCGAAGAUCUUGGCACUGAGGGACUGAGCUCCACGUCGUUGGUAGACUUCACGUCAAUGUCCCACAUGGAGUCUCUGGAAUCCAGUGAACAGACAAACUUGAAGGCGCCUGAGUCUGACCUUGUCCCCAGUGCCCUCCAAGCUGCACCUGGAUCUGGCUUUGCCAGUGAGGAAAAUGAAGAUUCCAAGAUUCUUCAGUCACAGUACUUUUGGGAAGAGGGUGGAGACCUCAACGAUUCCAGCUUGUAUCCUGGAGCAACACCAGAUUACAAUGUCCCACUUGCCUCCCAGAAGGCCUUGCCUAAAGGAGAUGUGACACAGACUAAAAACCAGUGGGAAGUGCCUGCUGUUCAUCAGCCGAGUGAUGCCGCUGAGCCUGAUUCUGAAACACCUUCCACCAGUACCCUUGAGGAAGAGGAAGGGCUUCUCCCUAUAAACCAGUCAAAGGGAGCACCACAGAGCAGCCAAAGACCAAAAGUCAUUUUCCCUGAAACGACUGGCCAGGACUCCUUGUACUCCAUCCUUUUGUCCACAGCCACCAGCAGACGGAGUGCAGUGACUGAGGCUGCGCUAGAGAGACAAGAGGAAGAGUCUGUCCCUGAGCAUGCUUCCUCGGGCUUUGACUUAGGGAGCAGCAUGGGGCCCAGUCUCUUGCCUCUGUCCUCCAUUUUGUCAGCCACUCCUGAAGGACCACAGGGCGUCUCUGAGGUCCCUUUCAAGAGCACUUCAGAAAGUACAGUGGCCAUUGUAGGAGCAGGAAGGGAACUAGCUGAGGCUAUAGCAACGGCAGCUACAGUGAAAGCUGAUGUGCAAGAAGUGGAGGCCACAACAAGAGGGGAAGGGCCCGAGCCCACAGCAGGAGCUGGGCUGGGCCAAGCAGAUUCCACAGAAGGGAGAGCAUCCAUGGAGUCCACAGAAACAGCUGAAAUGGAGCAGACGAAUGAAGACCUUCUGCUAACAGCAUCUCAUGGGGAUGGCUUCCAAGCAACGGAGACUGUGUCCAGGACUCCCGGCAACCCAUCAAGCCCAAGCUCUUCGGUCGACUGGACUGAUAAGCCGGCUCCUACCCCUACCACUGCCUGGAACAGCACAAAGCAGCCAGUCACAGCAACGGCUACUGCGGAACAGAGUUUUGUACCACAGACUGAAGAUGUCCACAUGGCAGUGUUGUCUACUGGAGUGCCCUGGAGUUUGCCGCAGGUGACCUGUAAAGACUGGAGCAACCUGGCAGGCAAAAAUUACAUCAUCCUGAACAUGUCUGAUAACAUUGAGUGUGAGGAGUUUCGACUGGAAAGGGGACCACAGUUGCUGGCCCUGGUGGAGGAGGCUUUCUCCAGAUAUGAAAAUGGCUUGCAAAACCAAUGGUGGAUCUCUCUCAGCAAACCCAAUGAGAAUGACAAGCACCUGCUAAUGACUUUGGCUGGAGAGCACGGGGUCAUCCCAACCAAUGAUGUUCUCCUGGCACUAGAUGACAUGAGGAGAAACUUAGCUGAGAUUGGAAUCCAGAACUAUACAACCACAACAAGUUGCCAGUCACGUCCCAGCCAGACACAUAGUGACUACGGGAAGCUCUUUGUGGUGUUGGUCAUUAUUGGCUCAGUCUGUGUCAUCAUCAUUAUCAUGGGGCUUAUCUACAACUGCUGGCAGAGGCGCUUGCCCAAGAUGAAGAACAUGUCACAUGGUGAGGAGCUACGCUUUGUUGAGAAUGGCUGCCAUGACAAUCCCACUUUGGAUGUAGCCAGUGACAGCCAAUCAGAAAUGCAAGAGAAGAAGCCAAGUGUGAAUGGUGGGGCAUCCAUUAAUGGUCCUGAGAGCUGGGAUGUCCUCAUUAACAAGCGGGCAGGUGAAGAGGGUGAUGCAUUUGAAGAAGAUACACACCUUUAA